UCGAAGGAGGAUGUCCGAAAGAUAGUAUGCAGAUGAGGGUUGCAUGAUUUAUUGCUUGAUUGCUAUCGCGAAAAAAUGGUUCGCACCGACUGGGAUCGGUUAUUAUCCGUAAAUGCUUCGUCUUUGACAGACGAAGAAAUCGAGGAUCUUUUUCCGGCUGUGGUCCGAUGUGACGUGGACGAGAUCGCUGACAUACAUGGUUUGCGGACGCUUGUGAGACUGUCACAAGAAAUGUUGACUUAUAAAGAUAAUCAAGUCGAGGCUUUGCUUCUUGAAUGUGGCGAAUUAAAAGAAAUGAUAGCUUCAUUACGUCCAGAGACUGCCAAACGAAAGAUCAAAGAUCGUGGUAUGACUGCAGCAAAACAAGAAAAUGAUAGUUUUAUUAGAGAUACGGAUUUAAAGAGACAUUCAGAUGCACAAGGCAAAAGUGAAAAAGUUAAGACACUUAUGGCUGAAUUAGAGAAUUUGGAUAAAGAGAAUGAGAGUCUUAAGGAACAGCUAACAACAUUGAAAGAUGAGAUGGAAGAUGCAACAGAAAAAAUGAACGAAGUGACUGAAGAACUUCGUUUGGCACAAAUAAAAACUGUGGAAUAUAAAGAAAAGAUAUUGAAGUUGGAGCAAGAAAAUGCAGCUUUAGUUAUUCAAAUUGAAGAAUUAACAGCACAACAAGUAGAUAGAGACAAAUUGCUGGAUGAAUUUGGUAUAGCCAUUGAUGCUAGAAUAUCUGAAUGGAAGGGUGUAUUAGAUGAGAAAGAUAUGGAAAUAACACGUUUGAAGGAAAGCUUAUCACAUUCUUUAAUGCAGUCGAUAACAUCAGUAAAAGAAGAAAAUAAAACACAGAUUGUUCAGCUAAAUGAUGAAAUAGUUCGUAGGGACGCGAUUAUAGCUGAAUUGCAAACUAAACUUUCUGAAGCAGUCGUUGAAAUAAAUGAGAGUGCUGCACUUAUAGAAAAAUUAAAAGGAGAAACACAUGGGCCUGUAAAAAGUGAUAAACGGAAAGAACAAAAAAAUUUGUUGAAAAAAAUACAAAUUGCAAAUGAAAAGAUUUCUAACUUGGAAAAUGCAUUGUCACAAGCACAGGAUGAUGCCACGUCACAGAGUAGUAAAUUAUGCGAAGUAUUAUCUACAUUAAAAAAAUAUGAAAAUGGAAAUCAGGCUUUAGCUAAAGCAUUAAACGAAAUUAAAGAAUUAAAAAUUAAAAUCGAUCAUAAGAAUGAACAUAUUGAAGAUUUAGCCAAUGUUAUUAAUAAAUUGGAGAUGUUAAAUUCAUAUCAAGAAAUGGAGAUCUUAACUCUUAGAGAAAAAUUAGGAAUUCCAGAGGAUGAAUCAAUAUCGAUUAAAAGUGUUGUAGCGAAACGUAAAGAGGAAUCAAAGAAAAUGGAAGAGCUUAUUCAGCAAAAUAAAAGCCUUGUAGAGGAAAAUUUAGAAUUAAAAUCAGAUAUAAGAAUGUUAAAAUAUAAAUUAAGUAAGUCUGAGAAAUUAGAUAUUUCAAACAAUUUAGGUGAUUCUAGUAAUCAGUUUUUACAUUCGACCAAAUUAGUGGAAUCAGAAAAUAUGCAAAUAUUUUCCAAAAUAGAUGUUUCUGAAGUUAAUCAGAAUAUUCAGAUACUUAUAGAAGAAAAUGAGGCACUUAGAACGGGCAUGCAUGAGAUUAUGGACAGUAUACGCAAUCAAGAUGGUAAGAGUGAAGUGGAAAUACAAUCCAGUACAUUGGAACGAUUAUUAGAAGCUUUAGACGUUAGGCAUUUAGCUGGUUGGUACCAUCCAGCUAUGAGAUUGCAAGAACAUCUUAAUGUUGUACAGGGUAGUAAUACUGAAUUAAGAUCACAACUUAAAACCCUGAGAAAAGAAUUGCAAAGGAAGGAUAAUAUUUUGCAAGAUUUAGCAGUAAAUAAAGAUAUAGAUUUCGAAAAAUUGUACGAGAAACAUGGCGAAGAUGAAGUGAUAACAAUGUAUCUUGCAGAAAUGAAAGCUUUACAAAUGGCAUAUAAAAAUGAAACAGAGGAAUGGGGGAAGCAGAAAGAUUUACUAGUUCAAGAAAAUAAUGAGUUGACAGAUGAGAUAGAUGGUUUUAAAAAGCAAUUAGAAAUUUAUAAAAAAAAUUGGCAGAUUAUUGAAGAUGGAGAUGACGAAACUCAGAAAGCAUUUGCAGCAAAAACGAGAGAAUACGCGGAUACUACUAACGAAAUAAUAGUAAUGAACAGGAAAAAUGCUAGUCUUCAACAAUUGCUUAACAAGGAAACUAACAGAUUAUAUGAAUAUCAAAAAGAAAUAAUUAAAAAAGAGAGUGAUUUUAAUAAAACGCUUACUGAGGCAAAUAAGUACAGUAAAACAUUGCUAUCAGAAAUUUCACUUUUGCAGAGUAAUUUAUAUAAUUCUGUGAGUGUAAUAGUGCAUAACGAAUUGAAAGAAAAAUAUGAGGAAUUGAAUAUACGUCACCAUGCUUUGUUAGAAACUGUUAUGGUAUCUCCUAAUUCUAACGAAAUAUCAUCUUUGAAAACAGAAAUAGAGGCAAUAAGACAGGAGAAAAGGCAAUUAAUGGAGGAUUCACGGAAAACAGAUUACGAGAGUGAUAAUAGUUUACAACAAAGAUUGAAAGAGAUAGAAACCAAGGAAUUAAUUGAAAGGCAGCGAGCUGAUCAAAUGGCUAGAUUACUUGAAAUAUCACAAACGCAAUUAACAAAGUACGAAGAUAAUGUUAAACAACUUUCUAUUUCUAAUUCUGAAUUGCAAGAGAGAUUGAUUGAAGUACACAAGACAUUGUCCAAAAAGAUGACGCUGCAAGAAACGAUACAAACAGAUGAUAACCGUAUACAGGAAUUGCAAAAUGAAAAGAAGCAACUUUUUAUAGAGAAUAAAGGUCUAAAAAAAAUGCUACAUAUUUCUGAAGAAGAAGCUCGUUUACAAUAUUCACUGAAUUCGCUACAAACACUGGAAUUAGAUAGUCUUAGACAUCAAAUAUUAGAUUUGCAAGCAAUUAGUGAAGAUAAAGCCACUAUCUCAAGACUUGAUUUUGAGCUUACGAGUAAGAAGAUAUCAGAAAUGGAACUGUCUACACAGAAAACACGACUGCAGAAUGAGUUAUCUUGUGCACAAGAAGAGUUUAAUAAUUUAAAACAAAAAUACGAGGAAAUGCGUAGUUAUGUACAAGAUUAUCGGAAACAAUGUGAUAAUCGUUGCAAGUAUUAUAUAGAUAUUAUAUAUUUUUUACAAUGUCAAUAUGCAGGAUCAACUUCUAUAAGUACUUUAGAAAAAGUAAUUACAUUGGCUGCAAAGUUAAAAAUAGACCGUCAAAAUAUUGAUGCAGAACUGCAAAACGCAAAAAAAUGUCGUGAAGAUAUUAAAUACGAACAAAAAUAUCUAUCUGCUCGUCUUGAGAUUGUAGAACGUCUGAAAGACAUGUUAGAGCAACAAAUUGGUGCUGGCAGUGUUCAAAACAUAAUGGAGCAUUAUGCCGAAACUUCACAACAAACUUUAAGUGAUUUUAAAUACAAAAGAAGAAUAACUCAUUUAGAGUAUGAACUUCAAAUUGCUAAUAGUAAAUUCAACGAAUACGAGUCAGUAAUAAAUAGCAUGGAACAGGAUAUGUUAAAUAUUCAAAGAGCUUGGUGUCCACAACAGGAACAUCAAACUCGAAUCACUAUACCAAAUUUUAAGACAAAAUCUAUUCAAGUAACGAUGGAAACUCAAGUAGUUAGUGUUCAAACAGAUCCUUACAUUUGCUGCUUAAAUAAAAAAGUAGAGGAAACUACUAAGGAAACUGAUAAGCAAACCGAUAAGGAAACCGUAAUUUUUCAAGAUAUUCAAGAACCUAUUAAAUCAAGUGAAACUACAGAGAAAACAUUCCGAGAAGUGGGAAAUAAUACAGAAGAAAGUGCCACCUCGGCAAUGCUUAACGAGCAGUUUGAUCAAGCAUUGAAACUUGCAUCAGAACGCUCCGCAAUGCUUGUCAAGUGUGAAGCACAAUUAUCCGAGUAUAAAUCAAAAGUAGAUGCUCUGAAUAAAGUGAUUACGGAAAAAGAUUCGCAGUAUCAAGCAAAAGUAGAUACUUUGAACAAAGCGAUUGAGGAAAAAGAUUCACACCUUGUUCAAAAACAAAAUGUACUUGACGAGUUAAUGACUCAACCUCGAGUUGCAAGUACUGAUUGUGCUGACAAAUUAGCUUUGAAGUCGACGAUAAAUAGUUUACAGAAAUUAAUUAAUCAAAAAGAAGAAACUAUUUUAAGAUAUCAAAAUUUAUUAAAAGAAGACAGGGAUGAGCAUAGUCGGGCAGCAAGUCGUUUACAGGAUGAGAUUAAGAAUUUACAUGAUCAUAUAUUAGCUAUGCAAGGUAAAAUCCGAAAAAGUGAAGAUUCGGUCGUAACUAUAAAAAAUGUUUUUGAAAAACCAUCGACAUUUGAUGAAACUACAGUAAGAAGCAGUGCUGUACAAGAAGAGGAAAUUGCAAGGCUGCAUGAGAAAGUAUCCACUUUUGAAGCAGAAUUAAAUAUUAGCAAAGAACUGAGUGAGCGUUGGCAUCGAUUAGCAGAAGAAAGACUGAAACAUAUGGAUCGUAUGAGAGAAAGAUUAGAGCAACAACAUAAAAAUGAAUUAGAGAGCUACCGCGGUGAAUUAAAUAAAUGGCAGUCCGAGGCUGAUGUACUUAGACAACAAUUAUCUGAGAAUCGCAUGUUACUCACAAAAGGAAAUAUCUCCCUGAUGAAAGAGUUACAAGACAAAGAUGACAAAAUACAUGAGUUAACUCUUGCUUGUCAGCAAUUACAAAAUGAAGUUGAACUAAUAGAAUCUGCAAAUCGAUCUCAUCAAGUAAUGGUUCAUACUCGAGGCGAUAUGAAGAUACACGAAUCCACGCACAAUAGUCAGCGCGAUCAAAUACAACAACAAAAUCAAAUGGAUGUUUUACGUCGACAGCAUCAAUCUUUAAUGGAAAAAGAGAAAAUGUAUAAGAACGAAAUAGCUGAUUUGAAGCAGCAACUUAGUCGCAGAUACAUGGCAAUAAAAGCUCAGGAGAAGAAGACAUCGCAACGUGAAAUGCAGCUUGAGCGUAAAGUAAUAACUUUGGAAGAAGAGUUGCAUAAAACAAAAACUCAAUUAGAUCGUGAAUAUUUGGCACAAGAAGCUAAAAGGGCUAAGACCGCAGAAGAACUUUUAUUGUGGGAGAAACAGAAAAAAUGGCAGCAAACAGCAGAAAAAUUAAAGGAAAAGCUUAAAGAAAAGACUGAUGAAUAUGAAAAAUUGCUUGCAAAUUAUGAAAAGCUGCGAUCUGUUGUUUCGUGUAUGGAACGAGAAAAAUGGCAUUUAAGAAGUAAGCUCAAAGUUGAAAGCGAUACUGUAUCUGGUACUUCAGGAAGACCCAUUUCAAAUAUUCAGUAUAACACAGUGGAAGAACAACUGGAGAAAGAAUGUCGAAUAUUAAGAGAACGUGUUAAGGAAUUGACUGAUCGCCUAGAAAAAGAAAGCAAUGAACAUUUGAUGUUAGAAAUAGCGGAAUUAAAACGGCAUAAUACAGCUUUGGAGGCAGUUUCUCAGGGUAAUACAAAUGUAAUUAGUCAGCUUGAAAAGCUAGAAAUGACUAAAGAUGUUCUCGAAAAAAUGAAUCUUAAAUUAGAAAGUGAAAACUUUGAGUUACGACUUGAGUUAGAAAGAGCGAAUUCGGAUACUCCGAGAUUGCGAGAAAAAGUCGAACAUUUAGAAAAAUACAUUCAAUUGUUAAAAGCAGAAAAAUCUUCUGAUUCCACUCCUAGAUCGUCAGAAAAAGAACUGCCAGAAUCAAACAACAAAAAAUCUAUCUUUGAAAUGGAAAAAACAAUAUUCACAUUGAAGCGAAUUAUCGAGAAACUCCAGGCAGAAAAUAAAAGAUUAAAAUUUAAUUCCAAAAAAACUCAUCUUCUAGUUAAUAAAGGGAAAACAAAUAUUAUUGAAGGAAACACCCUAUUCCAAAGACAAUAUGAAGAAUCUCAGAAGCGUGUGAUAAGUUUGGAGGCAGAUUUACGAUUAGCUGAACAAAGAGUAGCUAUGUUAGAAAAUGCUCAUAAGGAAGAUGACAAUGGAGAUUUCCGAAUCUUAAAGCAACAAUUAAUUCACAAAUCUGAACUUUUAAAUAAAGUGAAACAAUUGUUGACAAGGGCUGCUAUAAAUGAAAAGACUCUGCGGCAGCGUGUGCAACAGCUAGAAUCGAAGCAAACCUUAUCAGUAAUACCAGAAUGUUACGUGACUCCACCUACACCGCAAUAAUGAAUAUUUUGGA